CUCCAGCAGGAUCAGAUACAGGAGAGGGUUCCUGUCACUGAAAUUCAUCACAUUCAUAUUUGGACUUUAUUUUAUUCUCUUUUGGAUUCAGCUGAAGGCCAGACUUCUUCAUACAACCAUUUUAAUCCUGGGACUCUACCCGUGCUUGACUGGAAUUUAUUUUGGACUGGACAGGACUUUCUAGGGUAUUCCACUGGACUGCAUUGAUUUCUAUUAGUUUAAUAUAGGUGAUGAAAGUCUGCUUAUCUGUGGCUGAAAUGCUGAAAGUUUGCUAUUGAACAGAUUGACAGACUCUUUACUGCAGGAAUAAUUGGGCAAUCUAAUGUAAAUUAAUCCCAUGUCAAUUUUGGGGUGAUCUACGUCAGAUUACUUUGAGUAAAAGAUCAUUUGGAUCAAAUUAUUUAGUCAAACACACCAACAGAAUAGAAAAUCUUGACUAGGGAGAUUCAGUUUGUCCAAUUAAUUGAAUGGUAUUGUUUGAAUCGGAAAAAGUUAUUUUGCUUUAUUAGUUUAUUUAUUUUGACUGUACUUAUUUGAAUGUUGGCCUAGUUUAAACGUCAUGUCUUGGCGGAGGAUGCAAAAGAGCAACAGGAGCAGUAGCAGCUGCAGCAGCAUGGGUCUCCUGUGUGUCCUGUGGCUGCUGAUGGUCUGUCUGGCUCCUGUUAGCCGGGGCCAGAGGUUGAUGGAGGCGGAGGGGGAGCAGCCAGCGGCGGGCACUCAGCUGGCAGAGAGAGACGCCGUCUGCCACCAGGAAGGAUGCUACGCUGUCUUCCUCCAGAAGAGGAGCUUCAGGGAGGCUGGGCGGAGCUGCCGGGAGCGAGGUGGGACCCUGGCAACCAUGCACACCCAGGAGGCAGCGAGUGUGGUCCACGAGCUGCUGACGGCCAUCGAGAGCACCAGGGCCCGGCUGCGUCUCUGGAUCGGGCUGCACAGACAGCCACGCCAGUGUUCAUCCACCAGACCGCUCAGAGGAUUCGUCUGGGUCACAGGGGACCAGGACGGCCAGUUCACCAACUGGCUCCGAGAAGACUCCCCUGGGACAUGUGCGGCCCCCCGCUGUGUGGCCAUGACAGUACACACUUCAGAGAGGGGGCGUGAGAGCAGCGACAAUUUCCGGUGGCUUGACGGUUCGUGCGCCCUGCCGUUGGAUGGAUAUGUUUGCCAAUACAACUACAAAGGAAUGUGUCCACCGCUGCAGGAAGAGGGCAGUGGUCCAGCUGUUUACACCACCCCAUUUCACCUCGUCAGCUCACUGCUCACCCAUGUACCCUAUGGGUCUGUGGUUUCUCUACCAUGUCCUGAAGAUGUCUCAGACCCAGAUGCUCGUGCUGAGCAGACGGUGCUGUGCAUGGAGAGAGAUGACGAGACAGUUGGCUGGUCCAGGGAUGCCCCCCUUUGUACGUCUGAUGCAACUCAACAGAACCAGGACUGGUGCAGCGGGGAUCAUGGCUGUGAGCAGCACUGCCAGAACACAGACACUGACUACUACUGUUACUGCGAUGAGGGCUUCAUGCUGGACGAGGAUGGGUACGGCUGCAAGCCCGAUCCCCUGAGCUCAACUGACCUCCCAGGAUUAUCCGCUGACUCCGCUGGUCCCACUGACCAGCCUCAUAUCAAAGACAUUUGUUUUGAGAUGGGGUGUGAGUACAAUUGUGUGGAGACACAGCGGGGCCCUCGCUGUACAUGCCCCCCCGGCUACCAAAUGGCUGCAGAUGGCCGCAAAUGUUCUGAUGUAGACGAAUGUCAGCAACAGCCAUGCCUGCAAAUCUGUGUCAACAUCCCAGGCACAUUCCACUGCACCUGCCACUCUGGGUACCAGCCGGAUGAUGAGGGCGAGUGUGUGGACACCAACGAGUGCCUGGAUGAGGGAACCUGUGAAGGCACUUGUGAAAACACAGUGGGCUCAUUCAAGUGCCUGUGUGAGCCCGGGUACGAGGUGGGAAGUGACGGAGAGUGUGUGGACAUAGAUGAGUGUGCAGGAGAUGCGCCCUGCCAGCAGCAGUGUGUCAACUACAAGGGAGGUUACCAGUGUUACUGUUAUAUCGGCUUUAUACCGAAUUCAGAUGGGCUUACCUGCCGGCCGUCGCCUGAAGAUGAAGAAUAUUCCACUCUGACCCCUGACCCCAUUGACUUCGCUCACAUACCUGCCUUGGACCCUGAACAUGAUACUCUCUGGUCCACCUCGUUCACUCCGGACCCAAACUUUGAAGCUGACACCAACUUUGAUGUUGAAUGGCUUACAGAAGUCCCGGAGGUGCUCACCCCUGACAUGGCACAUGGGUCAGACAAUCACCUUAACCAAUGGGAUGCCCAAUCACCUAAGCGGCAUCAGACAGACCCCUCCCCAACACAAAAAGCAAACACAGGCAAUGAAAUCGAUAAUGAGGCCGAAACCAAGAUACAAGGUAGAGAAGGUAGUCAUGGAGCUGCUAACGGAUCAGCAACUAGGGAGGGGUCUAAGGUUGAUAGUGCAGAGGACGUCAGCAGUACAGCAGAGUCAGGGGAGGGAUCUGGAAAACGAAAGCAUGACAAGAGCUGGCUCCUGGUGGCCCUGCUGGUGCCUCUGUGUGUGUUCCUAGUAGUUAUGCUGGCUCUGGGGAUUGUCUACUGCACCAGCUGUGCUGUGGACAAGAGCCUGAGCUUCUCAGACUGCUAUCGCUGGAUACUCCCUGCAACUCCCCCUGACAGAAGAGACGGGAAACCCCAAGCAUGAACACUUAAAUAAACAACACACACUCAGAUGUGUUAAAAGGCCGAGAUGUCUGUUAACAUUUCUCUUAUGGUUUUACCAUUUGGAUAAAGUGCAGCUAACUGGUUCUGCAUUCAUCACAUAAUAAUUUCUGUUGCUGACCAAUUGUAAAUAAUUCACUUU